GCCGGAGCUAGAUUCUGAAAAGCCUUCUCGCCCUGGAAUUGCUCAAUGCUAAAAACAUCCAAGAGAAUAUUGAAGAAUCUGCAAGCACAAUGGAUGGCUUUUAUGAUCAGCAAGUCCCGUUCCUGGUCCCCGGGAAACCUUGCACAGAAGAGUGUCGAGGGAGGCCAGUGAAUGACAGGAAACGGAAGUUUCAGGACACUGACCUGGCCCAUGAUUCUGAAGAAUUGUUUCAAGACCUUAGCCAGCUGCAGGAGGCUUGGUUAGCUGAAGCCCAAGUUCCCGAUGAUGAACAGUUUGUCCCAGAUUUCCAGUCCGAUAACUUGGUACUUCAUGCACCUCCCCCAGCAAAGAUCAAGAGGGAACUCCACAGCCCUUCUUCUGAGCUGUCCACCUGUAGCCACGAACAGGUGCAUUGUGCUCAUUAUGGAGAAAAGUGCCUCUACAACUACUGUGCCUAUGAUAGGAAGCCCCCUACUGGGUUCAAGCCAUUAACUCCGCCUGCCACCCCUGCAUCACCUGCACUCCAGAGCACCUCCCUUCCUCCUCCUCCACCACUGCCUGCAGCACCUGUGCAGACCCCCACUCAUGUUGCCACCGUGGCAGGCCCUUUGCAAGGAGCUCCGCCUCCUCCGGUUCCCCCUCAUGCUCUUCAGGAACCAAGGCAGCAGCAAACCUUUGCUGUGCCUCGGCCACCUCAUCAGCCCCUUCAGAUGCCAAAGAUGAUGCCUGAAAACCAGUAUACAGCAGAACACAGAUUUCAGAGACAGAUGUCUGAACCUUGCCACCCCUAUCCUCAGCCGGGGCUUUCUGGAGACAAUCGCCCCAUCUACCACAGGCAGAUGUCAGAGCCUAUCGUCCCUGCUGCUGCCCAUCCUCCUCAGGGAUUCAAGCAAGAGUACCAUGACCCCCUCUAUGACCAUGGUGUCCCAGGCAUCGCUGGCCCACCCAGGCAUGGAUUCCAGUCUCCCAUGGGAAUCAAGCAAGAGCCCAGGGACUAUUGCAUUGACUCAGAAGUGCCUAAUUGCCAGUCGGCAUAUGUGAGAGGAGGAGGUGGCUACUUCCCCAACAGCCAUGAUGGGUUCUCAUAUGAGAAAGAUGCCCGGUUGUACUUUGAUGAUACCUGUGUUGUACCAGAGAGAUUGGAAGGCAAAGUGAAGCAAGAGCCCACAGUGUAUCGUGAAGGGCCUCCUUACCAGAGACGAGGAUCACUCCAGCUAUGGCAAUUCCUGGUCACCCUCCUGGAUGAUCCAGCCAAUGCCCAUUUCAUUGCUUGGACUGGCAGAGGCAUGGAGUUCAAGUUGAUUGAGCCUGAAGAGGUAGCUCGCCGGUGGGGAAUCCAAAAAAACCGGCCCGCAAUGAACUAUGACAAGCUCAGCCGCUCCCUUCGCUACUACUAUGAAAAAGGCAUCAUGCAAAAGGUGGCCGGAGAGCGGUAUGUCUACAAGUUUGUUUGUGAUCCUGAUGCCCUUUUCUCCAUGGCCUUCCCUGACAAUCAGCGCCCAUUCUUGAAAGCUGAACCAGACUGCCAUGUGAAUGAAGACGACACCUUACCUCUGACACAUUUUGAAGACAACUCUGCGUACCUCCUAGACUUGGAUCACUGCAGCAACCUCCCCUAUGCAGAGGGCUUUGCAUACUGACUUGUAAAGCAGCAGAAUUCUGACAUGAGAGACUCCUGUUCCAACCAAUAAGGGCAAUUUUUUUU